CAAGAGCAGCACUGUACUGCGUACGGGCAAGGUCGGCCGUCUGGCAUCUGGGUGGAACGCAGCAGACAUUCCGGAUAUAUCAACCCUACAUCUAACCGUCUGGAGAUGGAACUUUCCGACUUGACCGAUGACGUCCUGAUCAAGGUGUUCAGUUACCUGAGUGCCAGUGAGCUGCUGCAGUGCAGGACCGUGUGCCGAAGAUGGCGACCACUGGCCCUGCUCCCUUGUCUCUGGCGCAACAAGACAAUUAGGUUCUUCGAUGGGAAGUCGCGUGAGGAUUUGCCUGCCGUUCUGCGCGUUGCGCCCCGCUUAAACGAACUCAGACUGUAUGGCAUUUCCGACGAGACAAUCGUGGAGUGGGGCCUUUUGCUGUUCUCUACAAGCUGCGCCGUUGCCGAUCUCAGCAUCAGCUUCGAUGGAGCGGACUCAGGUUUUGCUUCGAUGGUGCUUGCUCGUCAAGUUUCUCUUGGACGUUUGAAGGGGGUUUCUCUAAGAUUGAAUUGGAAAAAUCCCUCGAAAAUCCGCCUAGGAGCUCUGCUAAGGCAGUUGGUCUGCACAGAAGGUUUGGAGUCCAUCUGUGUUGAAGCAUGGGAUCAUCCCGAGCUAUCGCACUUCCCCAGUGCAACCCAAGUCGGAGGCGCGGUCCCUCCAGCGUCCCUGCGGAUUCUUAAGCACUACGUCCCGUGCCGUGACGAGUACUUGCCGCUUUAUUUGGAGUGGCAUGCGGCCACUCUUGAGAAGGUGUCAUUCAUGGCAGAUUCGCCUGGAGCUCGCGUGGCGUCCCUGCUCUCGUCCCUGCCCCGCUUGCGAGACCUUCGCUGCCCUUUGUUGGAGGACAUGCAUUCUCUGCUGCCGUGCCCGUCACUGAAGAGACUCUUCCUGCACGUCGACCUGACCGACUCGAACUGGCUAACUUUGCCCGGGGUCCGGGCGUUCCUCAGCUCGGCCGUCUUACUGCUGGAGGAGCUGGUGCUGGACGUCUUCAAAAACUCGGACGACGACGACGCGGUGAGCUUGGUGCAGUCCCUAGGCGGCACGGGGACAUCACCUGCAACGCUGCGAAGUUUAAAGUUCUGUGUCGCCCAUGAGUACGAGAUUCCACAAGUCGAAUGGGACCCUCCACUACUGCUGCAGCCUCUGGCUAGCAUUCUCCACCGACUUCCGCACCUUCGACACCUCGACAUUGGCGGCGCGCCGUCGGACGAGUUCCUGGAGGCGCUGGACGGGCGCGUGCUGCCAAACCUUCGAGAGCUAGAGGUGUGCACGUCUCGGGAGUUCACGCACGAGCAGUUCCACAGUGAACGAGUGCGUAUGCUCAUGCGGAGGAACCCGCGGUUGCAUCUUAUGGUCACGGUUGCAUCGAAUGAAGAAGGAGAAAAAGAAAUCAUCGAGUGUAGCCACUGCCCUUUCCCGCUAACCGGGAAAAAGAAUUUGAAUUCACUCUGUUCAGUCACCCCGUGGGAAAGGGCCAUGUGAUGUAAAGCAUUGGGCGCCUGACAUCUUCAUCAGUUGAGUAGAAAUAUGCAUAUGCAUUAGAUCUGUAAUUCAAUGUACAUGCUGUCAUGUGUUUCCUGCACUUCUCACGACAUGCCUUCUUCAAUAAUUAAAUUGUUUUAACAGCUUUUGAAAGCCAUUUAUUUAAUUGUACUCCGUACUCCCACUUCCAAUAGACCUUUCCAGGCUUAAGUUUUUGGACAGUACCCAACACGUCCAUUCCAGGA